CGACGCCAACAGUAGGAGGCAGUAAACACCGCCCUCCUGCUCUCCGCCUGUAAGUCCUGGCAGAGGGCAGACAUUCACCCAGGACACUUUCCCCGUGUAUCAAAGCAAGAUGGCAGCUGUUGUUGAGAAUGUUGUCAAACUUCUGGGCGAACAGUACUAUAGAGAUGCUAUGGAGCAAUGUCACAACUACAAUGCCAGGCUCUGUGCUGAGAGGAGUGUUCGAAUGCCGUUCCUCGACUCUCAGACUGGUGUAGCUCAGAGCAACUGCUACAUUUGGAUGGAGAAGAGACACAGGGGACCAGGUAUGGCUCCGGGGCAACUCUAUACUUAUCCGUCCAGGAGGUGGAGGAAGAAAAGGCGGUCGCUCCCUGCAGAAGACCCACAACUUAUCUUUCCUCCUGUCAAGUCAGAGGUAGAUUUAGGAGCGAAGAAGGAUGCUGUGUUGUCGUCAGAUGGCAGCAGCCUAGAGGCUCUGUUGAAGGGAGACUCCUUGGACAAACGGACGACCUCAGAGCUGCGAGGGUCUGAAGAAGACUCUACCCUGAGCGACUACACUGUAGGACUGAACCCUGCAGCUCGGAUUAAAAAGAGAGUUUUGGAGCCUGAUGACUUCCUGGAUGACCUUGAUGAUGAAGAUUAUGAGGAAGACACACCUAAAAGGAGAGGCAAAGGAAAAGGAAAGGGUCGAGGAGUGGGCAGCAGCAGAAAGAAGCUGGAUACAGCAGCACUGGAGGACAGAGACAAGCCGUACGCCUGUGACAACACUAUCAAACAAAAGCAUAUUUCAAAACCUUCUGAAAAAGUCUGUGGAAAGCGUUACAAAAACCGUCCCGGCCUGAGUUACCACUACGCCCACUCCCACCUGGCUGAGGAGGAGGGUGAGGAGAAGGAAGAAAUGGAGAUUAAUGAACCUGCCUUGCCACUGCCUGACGAGCCUAAAACCCCUAAGAAAGGCCCAGAUGGUCUUGCGUUGCCCAAUAAUUACUGUGAUUUCUGCCUGGGAGACUCCAAAACCAAUCACAAGACGGGUCAGUCGGAGGAGUUGGUGUCCUGCUCUGACUGUGGACGCUCCGGCCACCCAUCUUGUCUACAGUUCACACCUGUAAUGAUGGCUGCUGUGAAGACCUACCGCUGGCAGUGCAUAGAGUGCAAGUGCUGCAACAUGUGUGGCACAUCAGAGAAUGACGAUCAGCUGCUGUUCUGUGACGACUGUGAUAGAGGCUAUCACAUGUACUGUCUCAACCCUCCCAUGUCUGAACCUCCAGAGGGGAGCUGGAGCUGCCAUUUAUGUCUGGACCUGUUAAAAGACAAAGCAUCCAUAUACCAGAACCAGAAUGCACCACCAUCAUGAUGGUCGUUCCUGCCCCCCCCCAAACACAUACACAUCACAUCACUCAAUUGUCCUGCAGCACUGUAGUUUACCUUUUAGCACAGAUAAAAGCUGAACGGCCAAUACGGUCGUUUUCAAUUCUAAUAGUCCUCUAGACUUGGUACGAUUGGGGACUCGGUUCAAUUGGGGGUUGCGACAUUCAGUCACUCCGAGUUUGCUUUCACACUGCACUUUAGUGAAAUGAACCAAGCCUUUUGAAUAAUGUAUUCCUCCUCGCCUGAGGUGGCACUACAUUAAGAAUUAUUGAAGGAGAAGACAACAAUGAAAUGUUUACCCACAAUGCCCUGUGUUUUUAGACCUACGUUUUUAGGCGGACCAGAGUUCGCUUCUUUGGUGCAGAUGAGACGGUUGCGCAUUCACACCUACCCAAACAAACCAGACUUUCCGAGUAAACAAACUAAGAUUUGAUUUAGAAGGGCUGGUGUGAAUGCACCAUUCAUUGUGAAAAGAGUACACCGUACCUCACUGGCCUCACUCGAAGUCACAUAUGACUAAUUCCACUGUUCCAAGCUCAGAUUCAGCCCUUAAGAUUUUAAUUAUCACCUCUUUGCCACACAGCCAAUUUAAGCAGUAUUGACUUUUAAAUUACCUCUACUUCAAAAUCAAUUCACGGCCAAAUUCAGCUUACUACACCUUCACUCAGCAUUGCUUAACCUUUAUCUCUAUCCUGCAGUGUACUGACUUUUUGGCUAGGGCAGAAAUAGAGCUUGUUAGACUUACAUAGCAUGCAAAUGCUUGCUUAAAAAAAGAAGAUAUUUUAUAAUAUUUAUAUAUUUCUAUGGUAUAUAAUAGUGUUAAGUAUAUUCUAAUUGGAAAAAGAAUGGUCAUGUGAUAGUCUUUAUCUAAGUGUCCUUCUCAUCAUUAUGGGUAAUUUACUUUUACAUUUAAGCAGACACUUUUAUCCAAAGUGACUUACAAGGGAAUUAAGUAUUGAACUCUGAGCUUGAACUUUUUCUACAAUCUGCCAGGGGUGGAGUUGAAUUUGUGACCAUGAUGUGUCUGCACACGGGGAACCGGUCUUAACCACUGAAUUACCCGGCACUUGGCUUUUUUAUGAAGCUGCUGAUAUUUGAUGAUUAACAUCAUAGUCAAAGGGAUCUGCUGAGACUGGAAAUUACUUUAUUAUACACACAUUCUUGUACAGCAGUGGUUCCCAAACUUUUCACAGUCCUGUACUCCUCAGACAUUUACCCCCAACUCCUGCACACUUGAAAAAAAUUGUGUCUGUCUAUCUUGAUACUUGACUUGAAAACUGUCCCCUUUUUGACCCAUCAUGAAAAAUUAUUCCAGUCAAAUAAAUAUUGCAUUAACAGCCAGAUAUGAGGAUAAAAAGCUUUCAUUGCUGUGUUCUAG